GGUAGCCAAUAGAAGGUCAGCAUUUGGUACCACAUGACCAGAUAACGUGUAUCUAUGAACAGAGAAAAGCUCUGCUAUUAAGGAAGACGAUCGUACGUCGAGGGUUAUAGCUCGGGCAAAGGCGAUAGUUUGCUUUUUAAUCAUCUGGUAAGUUUUUUUUCCAAUCUAUAAUUAAAACCGGGGAUGUGGUCAAGUACUAUAUACUGUCGUACAUAAAGGUACUAAUGAACAAAGUUAAAAUAGUCCAGGCCCAGACCUAAAAAAAUACAAAAUCGGACUAGUCAUUACUAGUAAAUUAGUAAUACUUUAAUACACAAAUGUCUAAUGAACGUUAUCAGUUUAAUGAGACUUUUUUCAGUUAAGUUUUGUUCUCAGUUUGUUAUCAUAAUCCUUUAAUACCACUGUUGACCGGCAUUUUCUAGUGCAAACAAGUUAAAAAUUUGCACUGAUGGCGUGUAUUAGUAUUAGUAAUAUUAUAGAAGAGCAGAUUUACAGGCUUAACUUGCUUUGAAUCUUAGUCCCAGACUUUAAAUUUAAGAGAGAAGGUCAAGUCAACUUUUACAAUUUUAUUAUUUUUUUGUGUGGAAAAAAUCCAACGUAUGAACUAGUUUAGAAUUAGUUUUGCAUUUUUUAACCUAGCCUGAUCAAUCCAAUCAUUAAUUGAUUAUUUUAUGUAAUGUUCAAGUCCAAGUUCAAGACAUCGAGUUAAAAUUUAAAAAAUUGUACUUAGAAUUAGAAUAGUUAGAUAACUUUAUAAAAAAAUCUGUGUGAAUGUCAAAUGUGGGACAUAUAUCUUAAAUAACUAUUAAAAACAUUUGCCAAGCCAACGCCUACACUAAAGUCAAAGUAAAAAUAUAGUCAUUUUAAUUGUUUUAAGUUUUUUUCAAAGAUUUUCCAUGAUUAUUUUUAACAGUUUCAAGUUUCAUUUCAAAUUCAGAAUGAAAGUAAACCAUGUCAAAAAUAAUGUUGCCCCUCUCAAUUUUUCUCUCACACUAACCUUUAAUUUUAUUUACAAUUUUUAAAUAGAGAUAAGUAUUUAUAAAGCAGGUAUCAAUAAUCCUUAUCAUUAUAUCCAUUUCUUUUUAGUGAUAAUAUUAUAAAAAAAAUAAUUUCUUAUAUUUUUUCUCAUUUUAAAUUCUAUAGGGUAUAGGCCAACAAUAUUAAUAUUAGUUCGAAUCCUUGCAAAUGUUUAGCAUUAAUGAUUCCUAUAUGGUCCACAUUAAAAAGGUGCAACGAAUAGCUAAAUAUAACAAGCUUUAAUAGUAUUAGUAAGGAAAUGUUUAAUCUCAAUAUACAUGAGACCUACAUUAGAUAACACAAGUCUAAGAAAGUAUUAUAAUUAACACUUAAGUCAUCAUUUACUGCAAAUAGUUUUCAGAAUAAAUCUUUAAUACUUAAUUUUGUGAGCUGUAUGAGUCUGACAUUAAAGUUGAAAUAGAUUUGAAUUAAAAAAUAAAUGUGUCAUUUUAAAAAAAUGAGCAUAAAGAGCCACAAAAUAUGCUCUCAUUAAAAUAAAGACAAAAAUGGAAAUCUUUUUUUUUUUUUCAUAUUUAAUAAAUGAUAUUAUUUGGUUUUAUAUUGAUUUGGUGCUCUAGCCCAUAAAGUUGCAAGUUUUUGCUGAUCAUGGGUAUAAUUUGAUGAUUGACAGCUAGAGUUGUGAUAUAAAUUUUCUAUGCUUUUGUGACUACCAACCUCUUUGACUUGUUGAGCCUAUUCAGGAAUCAAUUUCUGUGGUGGAGCCCCCUUUUUUUAACACUAAAUGGUGUUUAAGGAUAGUAUUACAGCAGGGAGGGAGUGACAGAGUAGCCCCUUAAUAGUGUACAAAGAGCCCUUGGGGCUUUGCAGAGGACAGAUUGAGAAUCACUGGUAUAGAAACCAGCACACUCACAUGAACAAAGAAAAUAGGGGGGGGGGGACAAAGGUGGCAUAUUUUAUAUCUAUAUUGAGGGAAGGCUUUUUUAACCAUUUCUAAAAUUUUUCAUGUGGGAUGAGGGUGUUAGAUGGACGUUGCCUGCUCUAAGUGGCACUAAACCUAUCUACAGUACUCUGCAAACAUAUUGGAUAUGAAGUAAUGAAUUCUCUAAAAGGAAAUAAAUAUUCCAAUGGAAAUAUUGUUUAAAUAAUAUAUUUUCUCCCAAAUGAAGUAUUAUAAGAUAAAUCACAAUAAUUUAUUUUAAGAUUGUGAGAUACUAUCAACUUAUCUCAGAUUUAUCUAGCUUAAGAUUUUUUCAUUAAAAGUUGAAUAUGAUCCAAAUUAAAAAAAAAAAAAUCAUUUCAACUAGAAAUAAAUAAAUGGAUGAAUAUUUUUGGAUCCUCUAAAAUAUCAAUUUCUUAAAAGUUGAUCACAGUAAGUCAUAUACUUAUGGUUAAGUUCUAAAUAUUGUCAAUAGAUUGGCUCAAGUGUUGAUAUUGUGAUAAAUAGAUAAUUAAUUCAUUUCAAAUGUCAAAUUUUUAUAGCACUACAUCUUCUGUCACUGAUAUGACUUAUUUUCUAAACUAUUUAUAUUUUUUGGUCUGUUUAAUAUUGUUUUUACUUUGCAUGCAAAGAUGAAAAAGGCGUGAGUAGUAGCCUUGUUUUUUGCUGUAUUGUGUUUAAAGUGAGGGAGAGUUGCUUCUUUCGGCAGCCUCACUCUCUUGUCCUUGCCUAUUUGAGUCAAUGGCAAGACUUAGUCAAGACGACUGGGAAUAAACCAGGAUGCAGUAAAUGACCAGCAGUGUUUUUUUAAAUAGUGUUUUUAGAUGUUCAGAAUAUUUUUAGUCACAAGAAGACUUCUUAAUGCAUACAUUAAAAUUCGUUUUACUUUAAGCUUUAUCCACUAUUUUUUUUAAUGGUCUUUAUAAUAAAAAUGUUAAAAGAGAACGAAUUUACAAAAUCAUCAAGUGCUGAUGCACAAAUUACUAGGUUGCUAUAUCAGUAAGCUAUAACUUCUAUUAGUUAUCAAUUCUUUAAUAAUAUUUUUUCUGCUUUUACUUAACAAAAAUUUCACUGAAUAUUAAAAAUUGUAACUUAUAAUUAAAACUAUUUUAAAACCCACUGGUAUUUGUAUAAAUACAGUUAUGAAGACUUGUUUGUAAGUAGUCAUUAAUUUAAAAAAUACAAUCUUUAAAAUAGUAUUUCUACAUUAUUAUGAAAGGGAAGUCAUUUCUCUCUCAUCUAAUCAUAGGAAUCAAGUGGCAGCAUAUUAUCAGGGAAUUAUCUCAGAGCCUCCAGGUCUAAACACUUUAAAUACAAAGUCUCUUGUCUUAACAAGCCACUGAUAACCCUACUGUAAAUUUGCACGGCUUCAUUAUGCAGUGCUCCUAACAGUUUUGAUCUGAUAUUCAAUAGAGAAAUCAAUGAUAGAUCAAUAAAGGUUUUUGAAUUACUGUAAAUGCUGUCCCAGGUUACCACUUGGUAAACACUUGCCAGGUUAGCCCACAAAAGUUACUGUUAACCUGGGUUUAGCGGAACAGUAGCACAAGAACACAAUGUAAUAACAUUUUUUCAUUUUGAUUAAUUAAUUUUUUUAAUUGUGUCCCUUGAUUUAAAUGGCAAACAUACCAGAGUCAAUAUUUUUAAAUGCCACAUUGCAUGGCUAAGUGAAACAGAAAAUCACUCUAAUUUGCCUCCCCUAUCGCAGCCUUUUUAUUCAUGAUGAGGUCUGACCUAAAAUAAACAUGAGCACUUUUAAGUGUGGACCCUACUGUAAAUAUUUUUUAUGCUUGUUAGACUGUGUUUGUGCAUUUUUAAGGAAAUAAAAGUACAUGACUGUACAAAUAAAGAACAAUAUUUUUUUACCUGGUAUUUUAUUAGAGGUUUAUCAAAUGUUUCAGAGUUUGGUUAGAGGCAUGUGUACAUAUAAAAAACAAAUAUGCAGUUAAGAAACUGUUUGGUAGUUCUAGGGCUAAAUCAGCGCCCUCUUAGUUUAUAAAACAUUGUGGCAAAACUUUUUUUAAAUUUCAACUUACCGACCCCCUCCCCCACUUCACCAGACUGGAAGCCAUUGGUCUAAUAAGUAUAGGUCAGACUUGAUUUUUAAAAAUUUGAAUUAAAUUUUAUCUCCCCCAACAAACACACACAAACACAUACACACAUGAGUCUCCAAAAAAUUUUUAUAAGGGCAUCAAAUAAUAACUUAAUAACAAUAUGAUUUAAAUGAUUAGUAAUUUUUUUUAAUGAAUUCAGUUAAUGCCCCAUGUCAUGUAUUUCAGUUUUAGGUAUUUUUGGUCUCUUAACACUACUCAGGAAUAGGGACUUGCUGUACAGGUAUAUCAAUACCCCCAUAUCUCAGUGUGGGGGCUGGUUGCUAAGGUUAGAAGUAAACAGACUGUCUCUAAGGCCUAUUCAAUCUACCUGGCUGCACAGUGUGUGAGGUGUUGUGGUAGAUCAUAAAGUAUUUGUCAAUACACUCUAGGUCUAAAGCACAUCUGUGUUUGAAAUCAGAUAAUGUGGCUUAAAAUAUUUAAAGCAUGGUUUAUCCUUUGGAAAACACCACAUUCAUUUGAAUUAUGAUCUAUAAUCCUGAAAACUUAAAAAAGUUUUACUAUUAAAUGUAGGAUUUAUAGUUAUACAAAUAAGGUAUAAGCAUGGGCUAAAUAAAUUUUUUGAAGGGGAAAUUCAUGUGAUAUUUUAAGGAAUGGGCAAAUUACAUUGGCUUAUAACUUAAAUCAUAUAUUCCACGCAGAUUCUGAAACUUCACAGUUCUUGAAAUCAAUGCAUAUUUUAUGAGAUAUGCAGCCUUCUUCCCACUGUCUUAACUGAACAAUAAUAUAGUUCAGUGGACCUUAUCUAUAUAUAUUUGUAUUUACUUACAUUAAAUUUAAUAACUAUAUAAAUAUUAGUGACAUAGAUUAAAAUAAGUAACUUUGAACCAUAUUCAAAGCUAAUCAUUAAAAAUUGCUCUAAAAUAUUUUUUUUAAAACACUCUUUUGCAAGUUGCUAUAAAUGCAGAGGCGUAGUGAGAGUUGUAGGUGCCUGGAGACAAGAUCCAUUUUUAAGCGCCCCCCCCCCCUCAACUCUGAAACACAUUAGUUUAAUCAAUAAAAUACUAUCAAAGCAUAGUCUAGCACCCUGGGACAUCUGUCCCUUUAAGCUGCACCUCUGUAUAAAUUUAUUGUAGAAUAAUUAUAAGUUGAUGCAGAUUUUAGAAAUAAAAAGGCCUUUAAACAGUUUUGCAGGAAUAAAAUAACUUUUUUAUUUUAUUUGCUACAUUGACUCUUUGUAAAAAUGCUGAAAGAAAUAGGUUACAUGAAAACUUUUCUCUAUAGGCUGUUUUUAUAUUAUUUUUUAUAGAUUAUAAUAAUUUAAGCAAAUAAUGACUGCACAAGUUGAAACCAAGGAUGUUGGUGGCUGGGUGCCAACAAAACCUAGAGGUCCCAUUGCAGCUAUGUACAAUAGCCCAGGGCCCUGCUAUGCUCUUCCAACUUUGGUAGGACAGCCAGGCCAUGAUUUUCGCAGUGUCCACCAAAAGAAGCCUGCCUGGGUGUUUGGCAUUAGGCAUGGAAAAUUUCAGGUACAUUAUUGACAAUAAUUUAAUAUAAUUCAAUAUAAUUUUUUAUCGGCUAUCAUAAAUAGCAAACUGUUAAUUUUUUCAAUCAGUCAACAAAAUUUAAUUAAAUAAUUGCACUGAUCAGUGGUUUUGUAAAAAAAAUCUAAAAUUUGUUAUUAAAAUUUGCUAAGCCACAAAAACUUAUAUUUGGUGAAUGUAUGUACAUUUAGAGAUAAACCCAUUGUGGUUACUAUCAGUUACUUCUUGAUUGUGUUGUAAUAACCCAGCAUUUAUCUUAAUAUAACUAAAAUUAAAAUUAUUUACUAAAUUAUAAAUUGUAACUUUAAUCUAAAAAGAUGACUGAUUAUGUUGUUAAUGCUGGUCAUGCAAUUACAAAAUUCAUCAUUAAAAAAAAAAAGGUCUUAUUGCCUUGGUAUUUUCUCUUUCUUUUCAGGAUGACUGCAGCCCUGGACCAUGCUAUCUUCCAACAUCAAAGUAUUACAGAGAUGGCCCUGAUGGGACACCACAUUACUCCCUCCAUGAUAGACACAAGGAUCUAACUUCCUUUAAGACGCCUGGACCCGGUGCCUACAAACCUGAGUCUGCAGGCGCUCAAGCUGUUAAAUGUCCACCAAAAUACAGUUUCGGAUUAAGACACAGAAGCAGAAGAACAGAUGAUACACCAGGUUUUUAAUCAUCUCUGCCUAGUCUGAUUUCCCAAACUAUCCAUUAUGAAAUCAUGUGCAAUAAGUUAUUCCAUCACAUAAGCUGUAUUCAUUUCAACUUAAAUCUUACAUAAGCUGUAUUCAUUUCAACUUAUAUCUUAUUUCAAAUUUAUGUCUAUCCUCAAUUUUAUAUUUUAAAAACCUUUCAAGCAACAUUAAAUUAAAUCAGGUUAAAUAUUUUCUCUAGGUCCUAAUAACUACACUUUGCCUGGAAUGCUUGGCAAAACAACAGAGUCCCAUAAAAAAUCCUCCCCAAAUUAUUCUCUUGUUGGCCGCAGCAAACAAGGAGGCUUUGAUGAGGAUCUUGCCAGGGUAACUUUUUAGACUUAUAAACAUCUGUUGUUAACCAUAAUGUCAUAUCCAAAAAUAAAAUGUGUGUGAAGCCCUUAUACACCUGAAGUUGGCUAUGGAACACAAUUAAACAUAUUACAUUUUUAAAUAAGAGACAUUGCUUUAUUGGCAUCGAAUGAUGCAUCACAGUUUGAUUGAGUUUCUAAUCAUCUUUAAAUUUUUUGUCAUUAUAAAAAAAUUAUUAUUGACAUUAAGAAAUUGAAAUUCAUGUUACAAACAAAAAUGUAUAAAACUAAACUAAGGUCAUUAGAAUUUAAAUAAUGUGUAUUUAUUAAUAACUGAUUUUUAUUCUGUUUUUAGCCUUGGUACAUAAAUACAACUUAUUAUUUAUUUACAAAGUAAAACAAUCAUUAAAAAAAAUACUAGUUCUUAACCUCUUGAUUGAAGUUCUCAAGUAGUGAUUAAUUAAGACAUGUCAAUAAACACUUUUAAUUAAUUAAUUUUGCAUUUCAUUUUUUUACUUACAUAAAUUAAUAAAUGUAAAAUAGUAAUUUUUCACAUGUAUUUAUCUCUUGAUAGACUCCUGGCCCAGGGGCUUAUAAUGUAACAAAGCCUGAUGUUUAUAAGCAUGCACCACCUCAAUUCAGCAUGACCAGUCGAAAUACCAUGCCUGGAGAUAGCACACAGAAACCUGGACCAGGAGCUCACUCACCUGAAAAUGUGAGUAGCCUAAACUAGUUUUCAUUUUCUUUAACCUGAUUCACCAUGCUUAAAUAGUUAUAAAAUCAAUUUUUGUCUAGUCAUAGGCAUUAUAAUUAGAGAUAUUUUGUAUAAGUCAUAUACAUCAACCUGCUUGAUCGAAAAAAAAAAAAAAAGAAAAGUUUAAAUAAUUAUAAUUAAAAAAUGUUGAUUACUUUUUACAAAUCACCUAUAAUUGUUUUAAAUGCAAGCAAUCUUUGCCCUUUAUUAAAAAUGUCUGGAUUAGUUUUGAAUCUCAACCACCAAAUCUCCAUAUGCACACUAUAAAAAAUCGAAGUCAUUGCCUACAUCACCAUUUAAUUUCUAUUAUCUUUUUGAAAUGUUUUAAGCAUGAUUGCUCAUAGAUUCACAAAUUUAAUUAAACGUGUCCAGCUGGUGAAAAUAAAAAAAAAGAUAAUUAUGCAUAAUUCUCUCUGAGGUCAACUCUAAAUGAAUAAGACAACUUAGAAGAGUGCAGCCAGUUUAGUUUGAGCUAGUGAUUGUAUAUUAAAUCAUUCCAUAAUAAACCUUAUGAAAAUAUUAAUAUUAUUAUUAGAAUACUAUAAAUUAAAAGAAUACUAACAACAGACAUAAAUCUUACAAAAUUGGCUUGUUAUUUUUCAUUUACUACCAAAUUAAAUGUUCUCAAAGUUCCAACUAUGAUUCUCAAUUAUGCUGUCUAUUCACAAUAAUUCCCUCAACAUAUAAAAACAUUAAACCAAAAUUCUAUAACUGUUUGAGUAAACACUUCAUAACUAAUCAGAAAAUGAAAAAUUAUCCUCAAAGAAUAUGUAAAUCGUAUCACUUGGCAUGUUAACAUUAUUUUAAAUGAUUAUUGUCAUUUUCUUUUCAAACUUUAACUUCCUAAUGUUGAUAUAAGAAGUUAAGAAGUUAAAGACACAAAAGAUAUCUUCUUAAGAAAAAAAACAUUAGAAGAAUUAUUUCUUUUCUAAAAUGAAACAUUUUUAAUAAUGUUUUAAACUUUCUUUUAAAUGCGAAAUUCACUUACAAACCAUUUGAUUUGUUUUGUUUAAGGUUUAUGUAAACAAGAGAUCUGCCCCACGUUUCACUCUGGGAAUCCGUCACUCACAGUACACUGCUCCCUUGAUUGUCCCUGCAGCAGAUGACUGAACAUUUUUAAACAUUUAACCAAACCCCUAUGUGAAAGUAGAUUAUUGGCACAAAUAAAUUCAUAAAAAAUUUAAAUUUUAUAUAUUAAGUCAAUGUAAAAAGUGUCUUAAGGAUGUUAUAUUUCAGGUAAAUGAAAAUGUCAGUGUUCCUACUAUAGAGUAAAAGAAACAUUUUUAAGUUAUUGUAUUUUCUACAAUAAAUUUUUAGUUAACCUCUAAAUGCAAUUUGAAAAAGGAAGGUUUAGAAGCUAAAUGCUUUGGAUCUGUAAUGAAAUUUUUUCAAGGAUUUAUUAUCAAAUUUAUCAAAUUUGAAGUUCACAUAUUUAGCUGGAUCAUAUGUCUCCUGCUAUAAGGAAAGAAAUGUACACAUGCUGAUAAAGUAAUAUACCAAUUUAUUUCUGAUCACCUUAACUACAAUAUGCUGUUUAUCAUUUCCUGAAAGGGCAGAAAUUCUGUCUUUUCAAUCCAUUUUUAGUAAAAAAUGUUUACUAUGUUAACAUUACAUAUUUACAUGAUGAAAGUUUGCAGUUAAAAAUAUUCAUGCUUCACCCUUUUUACUGAAAUGAAAGAGGCUUUCGUUUGAAACUUUCCAAUUAAUUUAUUUAUACUAAUUUUCCCACCAUUAUUUGUAACUUGUAUAUAGCCUACAUUUGUUGAGAUGUACACAUAAAUACAGUAUUUAACUGCUAAAAGUAAACAUUUCAGGCAAUAAUUAUCUAUUCCAUUAUUACUUUAGUUUGCAAUUAACACUACCAUUGGCCAAUUGGUUCUUUGGUAAACUUAUUAUAAUACUUAGCCAAGGAAAUAUUUCCCUCAAAUGUUUGGACAGACUAUCAUGUCUGCAAUCACAUUCUACUUACAUUGUAUUUUUUUUUAAAGGAUCAAUUAGACAUUUUUUAGAAACAGUAUUACUUUUGAGCAUUCAAAAUUGAACAAAAAAAUUUACAAGCUUUUUCAGUAUUGUGUCUCAAAAUUAAUUUGAGGGAUGUCAACAGUAACUGAUGUUCAUUAAGUAGUUCUUUAAAAUAGCCAAGAUUAUUAUUGCCCGCUAUCAGAACAGCAUUAAUGACAAUAUUUAAUUGUAGAACCACUAAAUGUUCAAAGGCAGUUGUGAAGCAUUGAUCAGUUUUUUUAAAAAAAUGAGUAUUAAUGUUAAGUAUUAUUGCAUAAAUAGAUUGUCUGUCUGUUUAUAAAAUUAUUUCUUUUUGAUCACUGUAUAAUUUGAUGUGAUUCAUCCUGAAGCUGUUAAACCUUAACAAAGUUACAUACUGUUACAUGUAAAUGUCAUCUCAUAAAUUUUGUAUUUGUAAAUAUAAAAAGGGGACAUUUUCACUGCACCUCAAUUUUGUAUUUACAGUAUGAGCAGUUAAAUUUUUUUUUUUUUUUUAAAUAAGAAAACAAAAUUAAAUUUCAGAAAGGAAAACUGCUACUCAACAAUGUGCUGUUGGGAUUUCAUGAAUGCAGAUAUUAAAGAGCUAUUAUAUUGAUUUUUUUUUUUGUAUUUGUAAAUAUAAAAAGGGGAAAUUUUCACUGUACCUUAAUUUUGUAUUUACAGUAUGAGCAGUUAAAUUUUUUUUUUUUUUUUUAAAUAAGAAAACAAAAUUAAAUUUCAGAAAGGAAAACUGCUACUCAACAAUGUGCUGUUGGGAUUUCAUGAAUGCAGAUAUUAAAGAGAUAUUAUAUUGAUUUUUUGAAAUAAUAAAUCAAUGGUACCUAGAUCAUUCUUUAAUUUAACACUUUAUGAUUAUCCAAUGCCUUAUCUUGAGAAACGAAUUUAUGUAAGGUGGACAGGUAUGGCAACAGCUCCAUUUACUUUUCAUUAUUUCCAUCUUUCUUGCUGUGUUUUAUAACAUAUGAUAUCAGGUGGAAUCUCUCAUUUCUGAACCCUUGACUCACUCAAUAAAUUUUUUUUCUUCCUCUUGCAUGUUCUCUAUCUGUAACUACUGUAGCGGUGAGUUUAAUAGAGGCAUAGUUGCUUUUAUAUAAUUGUGAGAGUUACUCCAAAGUAUUAGCCAAUAUAAAAGUUAGUUUAUGCAUUCUCUUAUUAAAAUUUUAUGUAUACACAUUUUUUUGAACAUGUGAAAUUAAAGAAAUUAUCAUGAAAGU